UACUUAAUCCUUCCAUUUGACUAAUACAUGUAAGGAGAAAGUGUUUAUAGCAUUUCUCCGCACAACAUCUUCCCCUAUCCUUCCUGUGACUCCCAUUGCCAUCCUAUCUGCUGGGAUACUGUCAUGGCAUUAGCACCAUCUUGCUCCCAUGCUUUGAGCGUCCAGAGUGAUCCUUCUCUUUCUCUAUCAAAGAGCUCCACAACCAUUCUUCAUAGUUCAUGCUUCCUUCAUGGAGGAGCGCAGCACUCGUUCAGAAAGCAUGGCUCCUCAACUUUCAAGGUGAAGAAGUGUUCGUAUGUGUCGGCAUCAUUGUCUGAGAGUGGCGAAUAUCAUGCACACAGGCCUCCCACCCCUCUUUUGGAUACCAUCAACUAUCCCAUCCAUAUGAAGAAUCUGUCUCUCCAAGAACUGAAGCAACUUUCAGAAGAGCUGCGGUCAGAUGUGAUCUUUAGUGUUUCCAAGACAGGGGGACAUCUUGGAUCAAGCCUUGGGGUUGUGGAGUUAACAGUGGCACUCCACUAUGUCUUCAAUGCUCCACAAGACAGGAUUCUUUGGGAUGUAGGCCAUCAGGCCUAUCCUCAUAAAAUUCUAACCGGAAGAAGGGAUAAGAUGCCAACAUUGAGACAAACAAAUGGACUGUCAGGAUUUCCAAAGCGAGCAGAAAGUGAAUAUGACUGUUUUGGUGCUGGGCACAGCUCCACAAGCAUCUCAGCUGGAUUGGGAAUGGCAGUUGGGAGAGAUUUAAAAGGAAGGAAGAACCAUGUGAUUGCAGUUAUAGGCGAUGGAGCCAUGACUGCAGGGCAGGCUUUUGAGGCCAUGAACAAUGCUGGUUAUCUGGAUUCUGACAUGAUUGUCAUCCUCAAUGACAACAAGCAGGUCUCUUUGCCUACAGCAAGUUUAGAUGGACCAAUUCCUCCUGUUGGAGCCUUAAGCAGUGCUCUUAGCAGGUUGCAAUCCAGUAGGCCUCUUAGAGAGCUCAGGGAGGUGGCCAAGGGAGUCACAAAGCAGAUAGGUGGAUCAAUGCACCAAUUGGCUGCUAAGGUGGAUGAGUAUGCUCGUGGUAUGAUCAGUGGUUCACGCUCAACACUGUUUGAAGAGCUUGGGCUCUAUUACAUUGGUCCUGUUGACGGCCACAACAUGGAUGAUUUAGUAACCAUUUUGCAAGAAGUGAAGAGUACACAAACAACAGGGCCAGUGCUCAUCCAUGUUGUUACUGAGAAAGGCCGAGGUUAUCCCUAUGCAGAGCGUGCUGCUGAUAAGUACCAUGGUGUUGUCAAGUUUGAUCCAGCCACUGGAAGGCAGUUCAAGAACAAGACACCAACACAAUCCUACACAACAUAUUUUGCAGAGGCUCUCAUAGCAGAGGCAGAGGCUGACAAAAACAUUGUUGCCAUCCAUGCUGCAAUGGGUGGAGGCACUGGUCUAAAUAUGUUUCACAAGCGCUUCCCUGAGAGAUGUUUUGAUGUUGGAAUAGCAGAGCAGCAUGCUGUCACCUUUGCUGCUGGCUUGGCUUGUGAAGGCCUCAAGCCUUUCUGUGCCAUUUACUCUUCCUUCCUACAAAGAGCAUACGAUCAGGUGGUACAUGAUGUGGAUUUGCAGAAGCUCCCCGUCCGAUUUGCCAUGGACAGAGCUGGGCUGGUGGGCGCUGAUGGGCCAACACAUUGCGGAGCAUUUGAUGUGACAUACUUGGCAUGUCUGCCAAACAUGGUCGUGAUGGCUCCUAGCGAUGAAGCUGAGCUCUUUCAUAUGGUAGCCACUGCUGCAGCCAUUGAUGACCGCCCAAGCUGUUUCCGGUAUCCCAGAGGCAACGGAAUUGGUGUGCCACUGCCUGAUGGCAACAAAGGGAUACCACUUGAGAUUGGGAAAGGGCGUGUCCUUCUUGGAGGUGAGAGGGUGGCACUAGUUGGUUAUGGAUCAGCAGUCCAAAGUUGUCUAGCUGCUGCUUCACUGCUUGAGGACCGGGGUCUGACUGUGACGGUUGUGGAUGCACGAUUCUGCAAGCCUUUGGACCAUGCUCUCAUACGUCAUCUGGCAAAGGCACAUGAAUUUCUAAUCACAGUUGAGGAAGGAUCAAUAGGUGGCUUUGGUUCUCAUGUUGCCCAGUUCUUGGCUCUUGACGGCCUUCUUGAUGGAACCACCAAGUGGAGGCCAUUGGUUCUUCCAGAUUGUUAUAUUGAGCACGGGUCGCCAGCUUAUCAGUUGGCUGAAGCAGGACUAUCACCAGCUCACAUUGCAGCCACAGUGUACAAUGUACUAGGGAAAACCAGGGAAGCUCUUGAAGUCAUGACAUGAGAGAUAAGGAGCUGGGUUGUUUGUUUUGCUUUGCCAUAGUGUAAACUAACAAUAGUAUGCCAUGUAACCAAACCUUGGGCGAAGUGGAAGUAAGUUCUCAAGGAAGAUUUUGACUUGUCCA